CGAACGCACGAACGCACAGCAGCAGCAGCAGCAGUAGAACAGCAGAGCAGAGUGAAGCAAAGCAGAGCGGUAGCGGUGGCUCCCUGUCCGCGCACUGUCCGGUGACCGACCGUGGUUCGGCUGUGUCCGUCCGUCGUAUUAUAUUCCCGGCCCGAGAGAGAGCAAGGUUGCUGGCACGUAGUUGGUGUUGCGACGCAGGAGGCGGUGGGGACGGACGGACUGACGGACGGACGGACGGACGGACGGACGGACAUACGGCGGGUGUGCGAUUCGCGGUGUGCGCGUACGAAGCGGCGGAACGAGGAGCAGCGAGAGAGCGGUUUGGGACUGUGCCGGCCAUGGAGAAGCGGAUAGAGCUCGAGAAGCGGGGCAGAAACCCCGGCGACAUCAAAGAACUUGUUCUUGAUAACUGCCGGAGUACGCAAAUUGUGGGCUUGACAAGCGAGUUUGUCUCCCUAGAAUCAUUAAGUCUCAUCAAUGUGGGUCUUACCAGUCUAAAAGGCUUCCCAAAGUUAUCCAGUCUCAAAAAGCUGGAAUUGAGCGAUAAUCGGAUUUCGGGCGGUUUAAAUCUGCUCGAUUCGAGUCCCAAAUUAACUCAUCUGAAUCUGAGUGGGAACAAAAUUAAAGAUCUCGACACGCUACAGCCAUUGAAAGAGUUCAAGAACCUGAAGAGUCUCGACCUCUUCAACAAUGAAGUGACAAAUAUGGAUAAUUACAGGGAGAAAGUUUUCAAUCUGAUCCCCAGUUUACGAUAUCUUGACGGAUUUGACGCUGAUGACGAUGAAGUCGAUGAAAGCGAGGACGAUGAGGUAAACGGAAACGAAGACGGAGAUGGCGACGCCAACGAGGAGGAGAGUGAAGAUGUUUCAGACGAGGAAGACGACGAAUUUUUGGAUGACGAACCAGGAUUAGACAUUGUGUACAAGGAAAACCUCGAAGAUGACAGUGACGAAGAAGAUUAUAUGGGAGAAGAAGAGGAAGAAGACGAUGAGGAAGAUAACGAAGAUGAAGAACAGGACGAAGAGGAAGAAUUGUCACCAGUGCGAGGAAAGAAGAGAAAACAUGAAGACGGAGGCGAUUCAGGGAACUAGAA